AGUGAAAAGCUGGGGCAUUAAACUAGAGGGGUAUAAAUGGUGACACAAAUAAACUAGCAGAAAAAGCAGAAAUAGGUAGCGAUAAAUGGUUUCAAAAACAGAACAGUUACAGCUUGUGCCAGGAUAUCAUCUAUGGAAUAACAAUUUUAGGGUUUCUAUUAUUAGCUGCAGCCAGAGCAUGAGAGAGCUAUAAUUUUUAUGGAUUUUUAUUAAACUGAAUGAGCACCAAGUCCCCGUGGCUUGAUAAUAUUAGGACCCUGGAGCAGAGACUGAUUCAUGCUCAGCACAAACCCCACCCUCAAGGCUGUUCGGGCUUUUGUGUGACUUGAGUGUUCUCACAAGGUAGCAGAGAGGAUGUCAAAUCCCAAUGAAGGUUGUGCCUGCCCGGAAUGUGUGUGUGCUUCAUGUGAAGCUGCUGAGGCUCUGGCAGCAGGCACCUCUCUCCACUUGUUCCAGCUGUUAGCAGAGUGUGCAGGACAAAGUGCUCCAUGCAUCGCCUGCUGCUCUAAAUCUGCAGUUAUCCAUGCCCCUCUAAUUAUUACUUCAUGAAUGUUAUCACCAGAGAGAAGCACCGGGAGCCGCCAGAUGAACAGCAGCAUGAAAGGAGCCAAACUUGAUCAUCUACUUUAUAGGAACUGGUCUGAGCAAGAUGUGAAUGGGACACAGGAGCCCUUUCUAAACCCAAAUGCUGAUUAUGAUGAUGAAUUUCUACGCUACCUUUGGAGGGAGUAUCUGCACCCCAAACAAUAUGAAUGGGUGCUAAUCGUUGGCUAUAUCAUAGUCUUCAUCAUUGCUCUUAUUGGAAACAUACUAGUUUGUGUUGCAGUAUGGAAGAACCAUCACAUGAGGACAGUCACCAACUAUUUCAUCGUCAACCUCUCACUUGCUGAUGUGCUUGUUACGAUCAUUUGUCUUCCAGCAACUCUGCUAGUUGAUAUAACAGAGACAUGGUUCUUUGGGAAGACUCUCUGCAAGGUUAUUCCUUACUUACAGACUGUGUCUGUGUCGGUUUCUGUGCUAACCCUCAGUUGCAUUGCCCUGGAUAGAUGGUAUGCAAUUUGUCAUCCAUUAAUGUUUAAAAGUACUGCCAAAAGAGCACAACAGAGCAUCGUUAUUAUUUGGAUUGUAUCCUGUGCCAUAAUGAUUCCUCAGGCUAUUGUCAUGGAGUGCAGAAGUGUGUUUCCAGAAUUAGCCAACAAAACAAUCCUAUUUACUGUCUGUGAUGAGCGCUGGGAGGGUCAAAUUUAUUCCAAAGUCUACCACAUUUGCUUCUUUUGUAUCACCUACAUGGUCCCAUUGUGUUUGAUGAUUCUGGCAUACCUGCAAAUUUUUAGAAAGUUAUGGUGUCGUCAGAUUCCAGGAACCUCCUCUGUCGUUCAGAAAAAGUGGAAGCCCUUACAAUGUUCCAUUCAGUCUAAAGGGCAGCAAUCAACUAAAUCAAGAAAUAAUGCUGUGGCAGCUGAAAUAAAACAGAUUCAUGCCAGAAGGAAAACAGCCCGCAUGCUUAUGGUUGUUCUGCUGGUUUUUGCACUUUGCUACCUACCAAUUAGUAUCCUUAAUAUCCUAAAGAGAGUGUUUGGAAUGUUUACUCAUACAAAUGACAGGGAAACUGUAUAUGCCUGGUUUACUUUUUCCCAUUGGUUGGUGUAUGCAAACAGUGCAGCAAACCCUAUUAUUUACAACUUUCUGAGUGGUAAAUUUAGAGAAGAGUUCAAAGCAGCUUUUUCAUGCUGUUGCCGUGGAAUCCAUAAUAAUCAGGACGAUCGUCUCAUUCGAGGCAGAGCAAGUACUGAAAGCAGAAAAUCAUUGACUACACAGAUCAGCAACUGUGAUAAUGUUUCGAGACUUUCAGAACAUGUUGUUCUCACCAACAUAAAUACUUUGAAUGCAAAUGGCAGCGGAGCAGUUCACAAUUGGUAGCCUCCUUAUGCCAUGGUUACAUGUUACAAAAGCAAUUGAAAGUAUUCACAAAAUAAAGUUGUGCAUUAUUACAGAACAAUUUUUACUUGAUACGGUACUACUGACUCAAUGGAAAAAACAUUAUAAAUGUUGAAAUUGUUAAGAAUUAGCCAUGGGAUGCACUGUAAUCAUUUUUCAGAUAUGGAGCAAUACUGAAAAGGCUGGAUUUUGCCCCUACAGGGUGUCUAAAUGUAUGGUUUACCUAAUAUAUAUACUGUGCACUGGAAGCAAUGAUUUCAGAGUCAUUUUUGAAUGCAUAAAAAUCUUUUGAUUAUUAGUAAUUAUCUGCCACUUUUAAGAUGGUGAUGGUUUCCCCAUACAGGGAAGCUCAUGUACAGUAUAGCCUGAGACUCUGUACACUGCUGCUGAAAUCCAUUGUCACUAGUAAGGACACAAAGUACAAAAGAGAAAUACAGCAUGAUACUGAGGUUUGCUUGUAGCUUUAAUUACAGUAAAUACUUUAAUUAUACUUUUAGUUAUUACAGGAAAGGGAUCUGUUAACCGGAAACCUGCUAUCUGGAAGCAAGAAGUUCUAAAUUAUGGAAAGGCCAUCUCCCAUAGACUCCAUUUGAUUAAAAUAAUUCUAAUUCUUAAAAAUUAUUUUAAAAAUUAACGAAGAUACAUUUACUCCUUAUUGGUAGAAGCACAAUCCUUUUGGGUCUAAUUAAUGUUUAAAUGAUAGAUUCGGAGACCCAAAUUAUGGAAGACCCCUUAUCCGGAAAACCCAAAUCCUGAGCAUUCUGGAUAAAAGGUCCCAUACCUGUAUAUGAAUAUUAAUCAUGUUCAUUGUUGCAUUUUAAUUAAUACAACUCUGAGAAGUACACUCCCUUGAAUCAUACAUACCAUUAAAGGCACACUUACUCAAAAUCUACUCAACAGACUUUCCAAUAACUGCUUAGUGCCAGUCAUUAUCUAGUACAUGGAUCUAUUAUCUGAAAUGCUUGAGACCUAAGGGUUUCUGUAUAAGGGAUCUUUCUGUUAUUUUCAUCCAUAUCUUAAGUCUGUUAAAAAUAUUUUACAAAUGAAAUAAAGCCAAUAGGAUUGUUUUGCCAGCAAUAUGGAUUGAUGCUGCUUAGUCGCCAUCGAGUAUAAUGCACAGAUUUAUUAUUACAGUAACAAAGGAAACCUAUUUUGAAAAUCGAAACAAUAUGCUUAAAAUGGACUUUACGGGUAUUGGUCUUUCCAUAACUCAGAGCAUUUUUAAUAACAGGUUUCUGGAUGAUGGAUCCCAUUCCUGUAUAGAAUUAUUACAAUUCAGGCAGGUGAUAUUGUGAAUAUUUAUCAUAUGGCACUAUGCUGAAGCAGACCUUCCAUGCUCCAUAGUAUUUGAAGUGACUCUCUUUUAUAAAAUAUUCUUACUUUCAAUUCACUUCUUUUCUCUAACACCUGACUGAAUGCUCUGUUGAAAAGUAACACAAUCAUAAGCAUCUGCAUGAUAAGCAUUUGCAUGAUUUUCAUAUAAAGGUUGCUGGCUAAAUACUAAAAGCUGUGUGGAUCUAUCUGACUGCAAUCUAUCUUGUUUUGCUUCUCUUAAUAAAGUAAUUCUCAGCCAAGGUACCUAGCAUGUCCUGUCCCGCCUAUGUAUUUACCUGUCUACUUCUAGAUUCUGAUAUUCAGGGGAUCAUUGAAUGGCCAGUAUUGCUUUAUAACUGGCAAAUGUUUUGGCAUCCCAAUAAAAAAAGUGAUAAAUAUCAAA